UGGUCUGGGUCUGUGAACUUCAGCGUGACUUCAACGACAUACACAGGGGCUGAAAACAGCUCUUCCCUAACUUUUGACUCUAUUAAUGUUGCUAAAUACUACUCGGGGGUAGCAGGCCUGGUGUGUUCGGCUUAUGUUUCUAAAAAUGGCAUGUCACGUUGUUUAAGCGACGGAAGACAUGACAUUAUAUCGUGUUCUGUUUAAAUCUCGUCAUUGUAUCUUAAAAUAGUCUAUCUUGGCCAUGUGUUUACGCCCCGUUAUUUAAUCCAUGUGUCAUUUUAAAUUUGACAGCCUUAUCAAAAUUCGAUUUUUACUUACUAAAGUGAAAUAAAAACUUAAAAAACGAACUUCCCUAAAGGCAAAGAAAUGAGAGACACGACGCGUAGCUGCGACGUGUAAUGACCAGUAGGUAACAUAAUGUCCGGGGCUCAGGGCUGCUCAGCAUGUCAGGUAUUAAGAGAGCGGGUGUGAUUAAAUGUGGGAGGUAGGAGCUGUGAGGCUGGUGGAGAGCGCUGCUGCCGCUGCGAGCUGGAAACUACUGAAUGGGAAUCUAUCCGGCAGCUUCAGCAGCAGACCGCUGUCUCACGGCGACACGGGGGAUCUGCGUAAAACCAAGCGCCGCGUCUCCAAGUCUGGCUCAGCCCAACUCACAGACGGAGAGGACACUCAAGUUGGAUCGGGCGAAGAGCUUUUCACUUGUUACCGGCGCGCGGCUCCCACUACCAUGCCUGCCAUCAAAAAGGAGAGGCUGGAUGGAGACGACAUGGCAUUGACUGCGUUCAACCAGUCCGAAUACCUUGCCCCUUUAAAUGCCACCGCCAUCCCCGUGGUGACCCCGCAUCCGCCGCCCUACGAUCACAUUUUCGCCCAUCACCGCGCGUAUUUGGGGCUCCACGAAUCGGCGCUUCAUCACCAGCACCUCCACCAUCACACGGACGACUUAAUGCUGGAGAGGUUUUCCUCCAUCCCCGACUUUCAGCCCUUCUUCGACAACGGGGAGCCGUGCAUCGAAGUGGAAUGCGGGGAAAACAAGGCUUUGCUUUAUAUCAAUAAACUGUGUCAAGGUAGCAAGGGACCCUCAAUUAAAUAUAGGGGCGAGUGGCUGACUCCCAACGAGUUUCAGUUUGUCAGUGGACGAGAGACUGCCAAAGAUUGGAAACGGAGUAUUAGACAUAAAGGAAAAAGUCUCAAGACUCUGAUGUCCAAAGGAAUCUUACAGGUGCACCCUCCAAUCUGUGAUUGCCCUGGCUGUCGAAUUUCAUCUCCAGUGAACCGCGGGCGCUUGGCUGAAAAACGUACCAUCCCCCUGCCUCCCAACCGGGUCCCCAAGAAGGAGCUGGCCUCCAUCUUCAGCAGUGACGAUAGUGAAGGCAGCGAGCGGGCCAGUGGGGAUCAUGCCCACAUCAAGCAGGAAGACGAGUUGCAUUACAGUAUCAUGAGAAAGAGUCGUGACAGUGACCUCUCUACAAUCAUCUCCAACCUGCACCACACCAGACAGCACGGGAUGCCUGAGGGCCAGUCAGACUCUGACCAUAACACCAGUUCCGGACACACAGAUGACCUUCUAGGCAAGAGGAAGAGCUUCUCUCCUAACAGCAGCAGCGAGUGUCCCUCUGACAGUAAGAAGUCACGCAGUGUGUCCCCCAAAGAGAACUCCCAAAGCCCGGUGGUUGAGGCAGGCAGCAGCCACGGCCUCAUGAGCCCUGAGGAGCACUACAGGCGCAUGAUGUCAGCACUCAGCGAGCAGGGGUCCUAUGAGGAGCAGCAACAACGGCUUUACCAGCUGGCAAGCAGUAUGGGUCUCCCCGGCCACGACAUUCUGCGUGCUCGCCAGGAGGCGUUGGCUGCAGCAGUAAGAAAUCCAGCGGCCUUAGAAGCUCACCUGCCCUCUGCGGGCAGCUCCUCUUCAUCCAGCCAGAGACGGAAGCAGGGUCUGCCACAGCACCGGGACGCACAUUACACCGACAGAGACCUUUCCCACCCUCCACCCCUACUGUCACCUCCAUCCGCCCCUCACAUUGCCUUAGGACCCCACCUGCGGCCUCCUUUCCUGGGCAUGCCCUCAGCUCUUUGCCAGGCCCCUGGUUAUAGUUUCCUUCAGCCAGCUCAAGCUGAGAUCUUUGCUCGGCAUCAGGAAAUGUUGAGAAAGCAGAAUCUAGCAAGACUUGAGAUAUCAGCAGAGCUUCUGAGACAGAAAGAGUUGGAGAGUCUCCACCAGCGACAGCAGCAGCAACGUCUCCUGGGCUCUAACCCGCUAGGAGCUCUACCUCCUGGCCUACCACCUGAUCAUCCAGCCCUGCGGAGCCUUCACGACAUCCCAGAAUCCCAUCCUCUCCGUGAGGAACUUGCCCGGCGUUCAAAUGCAAUGCUGGUGCUUCGCCAUGGGGCUGCCACACCCCUUCUUACCCUCAACCACCAGCAGCAGCAACCAGGAGCCCCCUCCACACCCAAAGAUACCCAGGCACAGCGCUCCACUCCUGAGCAGGAUGCUGAGUCCAGGAAGGCCCCUCACAGGGGCCCCAAGACACCGCUCCUUGCGGGGAACCACACAGGAGGAGGGGUUGACAGAGGAAAUGACAGAGACAGAGAGAUGCAGGAUGAAGAGAUGAGGGACUCAGACAGUGACUCAGAAAUGUGUGAGAGAAGGCAGGACAGAGUCUGUGCCACAUCCAGCAAUAAACCCAGGGACAGGGAGAGAGAACGGGGGAAAGAGACUAGCAGCAAGGGAGUGUGUGUCAGAGCCAAGGAGAGUGGAGAGGCCUCAGGUAGACUGAGCACCCCUUGUAGCUCAGGAGACACAGAGUCACCUGGUCAUCACCUCUUCUCUGCUGGACUGGGCAAAGCUGAUGUGAAGUACCACCUGCCUCCUGCAUUCAUGCCACCGCUGCCUGCUCUGCACGCCCAGUCGCUGCCCUUUGGAUUCCCUUACACCAACCCCUACUUCCACACUGGCUCUAUGGGAGGUCUUUUCAUGGAUGGGGAGGACUCAGCCUCAGCAAACUCUGUGGAGGACAUCAGCAAGUGGAGUGUGGAGGACGUGUGUGGCUUCAUAAGCAGCCUGGCUGGAUGUGCUGAAUACACACAGGUGUUUCAGGAGCAGGCCAUCGAUGGAGAGACCUUACCGCUGCUCACUGAGGAGCACCUGCUAAACACCAUGGGACUAAAGCUGGGGCCUGCGCUCAAGAUCCGCUCACAGGUGGCACGACGUGUUGGCAGGCUUUUCUACAUGACUGGAUUCCCGCUGGCUUUCCCGUUUCCACCUUCUGCUGCGCUACGUCCCCAAGAACGGGAUCGGGACCCCUUGACUACACCAUCUGACACCCCUCUGCCCCUCUCUAUGUCCCUGCCACAUAGACCCAACUCCACCAGCAGCAGCUCUUCUCCUUACAGCGGGCCCACCCCAGGAUGCUCCUCCCCAAGACAGGAAAACGGUAACGGCCCCACAGUGGUGGGAAGAUACGAGGCUAAAACUCCUUCGUAGGGCUGGAAGGAGCGAGGAGGACAGACAUUCCUCAAACCUACCAGAGAGUCUAAGAGACUGACUUGAAGGUCCCAUUUCCAGACUGUGGGACCUUUACUAUGAACCAAUGGGACAAGGGUAUUGGACUGGAGAAAGGACAACUUAGAGAUAUAGACAGUAUCAGAUGAACCAAUCAGUGUCUGAGUUUAACUGCAGUUGCUCUAGUCGUGCAGAAUCCAAACAAACUGGGUUGGAAAGGAGACUAAGGAAGAGGAAAAGGAGACAGCUGGUCACAGACAGCCUGCCAAAAAAAAAGGAGCAAAGCCCUGCCACAAAUGUGACAUUCUUGUGAGGCAGACACUAGCGGAAACUCUUCCUUCCUGGGCUGGUGGAAGCUCUGCUUACUCACUUUCUUUCUCUUGUCUCUCGGACUGCUCUCACCACAAGCCCUAUAGAACCCAGGAAUUAAAAAGAAACGCUUCUCCCCCCUUUUCCUUCCUCUCUUCUCUUGCUAACCAAGGCCAAACAGCAUGGUGAAGCUGUCUUUUUAGAGGCUGGAGUUGAAGCAUAUGCUGAGCAUCAGAUCUUACCAGCUCCCUCUUAUCACUGCAACUAUGCAUUCCACUAUCCUAAUACCAAAGAUGACCGGAUGUGUGGAAUUGAACCCGGGUUUCACAAUGUGUCUGCUACUUUUUGCAUUAAGAUCUCAGAUAAAGACUAGUCCAGCAGGGAAAUGCUAGGCUAGUGCCUCACUUGGACUGUUUGAGGUGCCGCAUCAUUUACUGACUUUAAAGUGAUAGCGAAACAAAAUAGCCUUAACGGCCACUAUGGUGUGUACGGCUUUUGUCAUUGUACGCUUGUUAACUACUGUGGGAGGUAGGAAAACCAUGCAAAAUUGUACAGAAUCAUGCUCAAGAUGAAAAUAUUCUGAAGGUUACAUACGUGGUACUUUUACUAUUUGAUUAUUGUAGUUGCACGAAUAAGGUUUUCUUUACUGAAAAAUGUGACUUGCUGAACUUUGAUGGUACUUUUUGUUAAUACUCUUUGGUUCUGCCAUUUUUUUAAGUGUAAUAUUAAAACGCUCCAAUCUUGAAUGCUACUUAAGCAUAUAAAUAUGAGGAAAAAAUAUUUAUAGGACUUUUGAUGUAGAAGAAAAAGCAGAUUAUGAUAUGUAUUAUAAUUACCCUUAAAAUGGAUUCCAAAGAUGCUUUUACUUCUGUUUUUUUUCUUUUGGUUGCAGGAAAAGAAAGACACAAAGCUCUUAAUGCAAAUGUUUUAAAUUAGUUUUGUUUUUAAACUACGCAAGCAAUUAAUUAAAAAAUGGUCUCUAGAUUUCCCUUCAAAGGUUUUGUCUUCAUCCUAUUUUUCUAUUCACCAAACAGGUGAAAUAAAUCCUGAUGAAAUUC